AUGCUCAGCAACUCCAAUAUUAGAGGCGAAAGUAGCCUGAGUUCACCGCUAAAUUCUUACAUUCCCAAGAUCGAAUUGCUAAAAGAUCUAGAGAGCUUUGGCUCUGCACCAGGCAGACUGCAACUACAGCCAGCUACCUCCACUUCUUCUCCUGUAUCUUCAACAUCCACAGUAGUAGUUCCUUCUAACCAAGGUGAUGCUAUGAGCGACCCGAAAUCAAACUUGCUAGUGCACGGAUAUGUCCAUGGCCAUAUACACAAGCACAAAGAUCACACACACAUACACGGGCACAUCCACAACCAUGACCACAAUAAUUCUAAUAAAGUCGCUCAAAACAACUUUAAUGAACUUGAUUCAUGCAAAGAACUUGAAGCUGCUUCAUUCUGUGACGGUAUAGUCUGUGAUGAACUUGAUGACUGUUUCUUUUUAGAUUGCCACGAUGAAGAGGAGAACAACAGUACUAAGCAUGAACACAGUAAUAUAGAUUUCAUACCUGAUAUGAGCUGUUUCGAUCCUUCUUGUUCCAUAAAUCAUCAUGAGAAUAACUUAUGUGAUUUCCAGAUUGCAAAGAGACCAUUAUUCGAAUCUUUAAUAAAUAAUGUACACAACGAAACUGAAGAGAAAAGGCAAUUGAAGAAAUUGAAAAGUGACAAGAUUAUGGAAUUACACUUUCCUCAUAUAUGCCAUACGCCCCUGCAGCAGCAACCACAACAGCAACCACAACAGCAACUGCAACAGCAGUCACAAGAGCAACCGCAACAACAACUGCAACAACUGCAACAACAACUAGGACACUUGGACCUGAAUCUAAUUUCUCUGCUGAGUUCAUCCCCGCUGCUGACGUCGAACCUGUUUAAACUGCCAAUUUCAUCCAGAGCUUCUGAAUACAGCACCAAUCACUUGCCAGCGCACCAUAUCCAUAAUUCUUGCUUCCACACCAAAAUACAACACGAAGAAGACAUCAAAACUAUUUCCGAUUAUGAAUUUUAUGUACAGUUUAAUAAUUUUGAAAAAUCGCUUUCUAAUAGUGUUUCAAAUUUCAAAAAUAGUGGAGCAAGCACGGAAAUAGACCCACCACUUUUCCAGUGUCAAUGGGAUAAUUGCUUUAAUCAGAUUAAUGAUGACACAUUCAUUCAACAUCUUCUUCUGACUCACAUUAAUGAUGAUACGAAUUUUCGAAACAAUCAAACCCAACAGCACUUUCAGCAGCAUCAACAAGAACAACAACAACAACAACAACAACAACAACAACAACAACAUGACUUGCAAGAUAGGUCCAAAUUUCACUGUGAGUGGAACAACUGUGACUUUUCAAUUGACACAUUGGACUCUCUUUUAGAACAUGUUACUACUCAUAAGCAAAACUUUUUUAUACCAGGUAACAACUUGUUUCCCACUCAGACACAAGUUUUCCCCACUCCGACUUCAGCUUCUCCCCCAUCAGUUUCAAGUGAAAAUCUAGUUAACAUCACUUCUCUAAAGAUCUCACCUCGAGAACUUCCAGAGCCAAUAGAUGAAUCAUACACCUGUAAAUGGCAAAUUGGAACCGACGAAGAAACAGGAUCGCCCAUACCUUGCGGUAAAAGUCAUUCCCUGUCGGCAGAAUUACAAGAUCACUUGAUAGAUCACAUAGGACAAGGAAAAUCUAUUUAUCAUUGCGAAUGGGUAGGAUGUGAACGUCACAAAGGGAAGGCAUUUGUCCAAAAGCAAAAGUUAUUACGUCAUAUUCACAUACAUACGGGCCAUAAACCAUGUAAGUGUGAAAUAUGUGGAGCUAAAUUUGCAGUCGAGUCAAUGUUGAAGCAACAUUUGAGAAUUCAUACCGGAGAAAAGCCAUUUCAAUGCAGCAUUUGUGGAAAACAAUUCACUACUUCUUCAAGUUUAUCCAUUCACAAUAGGGUGCAUACCGGAGAAAAGCCAUUGAUCUGUAAAUGGCCGGGCUGUGGAAAGAGGUUUAGUGAGAGCUCGAAUUUAACGAAACACAUGAAAAUUCACAUGAAAUCCUUUCAGUGUGAAAUCUGUGGGAAGGAAUUUGAAAAGAAGCCUGAGUAUACAAAACAUUUAAAGCUUCAUGGUUAA